GAGGCCGCCGGCGGGCCAGCCUCCUCUACACACCCCCUCCCUCCGCAGCAGGGGAAAGGGGACGCACCGCCCAGGGGGCCGGGCUCCUGGAUCGCUGCCGCCAGAACCCGCAGGGCGGGGCGCUGUCCCACCGUGGGGCCCGGGCGGGGAGGGGGCGGGGGUGCUGGGACUGAAGGAGGGAGCCGGACACGAGCGCAGUGAACCACUUUAUUGCAUGCAUUUUGGGGAGUGGAGAGUCCCGGGAGGGAACACAGCAGGCCCCAUCCAGGGGUCCUGCUUCCAACCCUGGACGCGCAGGGACCCCUACCAGGGUUCAGAAGCUCCAGCCUCCAGCUGGCACUCACCGCCAACUCAGCUCUCAGGCUCCGCCCCUUUCCCAGAGCGGAAGUGCCCGCCCCUCCUUCCUUGGCUUCUCAUUGGCCGGUCCCGGCCCUCAGGAGCCCGCGGUGUCAGCUGCCCAGCAGUAGCAGUCGGUUUUGGCUAUGAACUCUUCUGGAGGAAGGAAGCAGGAAGCAGCGAGGCCCAGGGGCAGAAGGGCUCACAGACGCCAGGAACAGCAGGUCACUCAGAGUUCAGGGUGGGCAGCAGGGCAGGAUCACCACAGGGACCAGGGGCCACCUCUGGGCUCUUGCAGGAUGGAGAUGUGCAACUGUCCAAGGCUCUGUCCUACGCCCUGCGCCAUGGGGCCCUGAAGCUGGGGCUUCCCAUGGGGGCUGAUGGCUUCGUGCCCCUGGGUGCCCUCCUGCAGCUGCCCCAGUUCCACAGCUUCUCAGCUGAAGAUGUGCAGCGCGUGGUGGACACCAGUGGGAAGCAGCGGUUCGCCCUGAAGCCAGGGGACCCCAGCACUGGCCCUCUCAUCCGGGCCAAUCAGGGUCACUCCCUGCAGGUACCUGAGUUGGAACUGAUGCCCCUCGAGACCCCGCAGGCCCUGCCCCUGAUGCUUGUCCAUGGCACAUUCUGGCAGCACUGGCCCUCCAUCCUGCUCAAGGGCCUGUCCUGCCGGGGAAGGACGCACAUCCACCUGGCCCCAGGACUGCCUGGAGACCCUGGUGUCAUCAGUGGCAUGCGGCCAAAUUGUGAAGUGGCUGUGUUUAUCAAUGGGCCCCUGGCCCUGGCAGAUGGAAUUCCCUUCUUCCGUUCUGCCAAUGGAGUGAUCCUGACUCCAGGGAAUACUGAUGGCUUCCUGCUUCCCAAGUACUUCAAGGAGGCCCUGCAGCUACGCCCUACCCGAAAACCCCUCUCCUUGUCUGGUAAUGAAGAGACAGAGUGUCAGAGUGGCCCCAAGCACAGCUCCAGAGGAAGAAGGACGAUCCAACAAUAAAAUAUUUAUUAAAAAAAAAAGAUAACAAAAAGGAAAUUCCAGUUUGAAACCAUGAAUCACCUG